GAGAGGGAGUGGGACCCGGAUGCUGAUGUUGCUCGUAUCGGAUGAGAAGGAAGAGGAGAGAGAAAAGACCGAUUACGGGAAGAAGCAGAUACUGAAAGGCAGGAGGUCUUCGUUUUCGAGGGCCUCAAUACAAACAGAACGAUUUUCAGAGAAGCGCAAUUAAUAGUCUAUAGGCUACCUUUUACAAGGAUAACGCUGAAUGAAUGAACCCGGGACCGGCAAACGAGGAUACGGGGAAAGAGAGAGAGAAGAUGCUGUGAUAUGCACACAGACAGAGAAGGGAGGGAGAGAGGGAACAAGCGAGAGAGGGAGGGGGAGAGUACUAUGCUAAAGAUGCUUGUUUUACUAGAAACGCGUUUUUCCUCCACGAAACCAAUUGACCGGGGCCUAGUUGAAGAAAUACAUUUCUGUACAUCAGAAAGGAAGUUUAUAAGGAUUACAUAUUGACAAAGACUUAUCGUGAGCAGACAGCGAAAUAGAAAGCAUAGUAGGCUAUAGAUACAUGGUAGUUGUUUUGUCAUAAUAAAAGGGAAGAUACAACCAGGAUUCUGACCUGUGAAACGAUACAGUGUGUAUCGUUUGCACGAUAUUUAAUAGUUUCUUUAAACGGUUGUUGAUUCGAUGCAGAUUAAAAAUAAUGGGCAUUGGUAAGCCGUGAGAUAGAGAGCAGGGAGUGGGAAAUGAGGUGAUGGGAAGGGAGGGAGGCUUGAAGAUACAUCUGUAGACUAAAACAGCGUUUUUAAGUAGCUUAUGGUGUUGAUUUCUUAUUUAAAACAAAACUGUAUUUAAAAUUCCGAGGCGGAGACGGACUGGGUUUGUGCGCGACACACCGACGCGGUUGUGAGCGUAGGCUAGCCUAUAUUAAUAAUUCGAGAUUCCAAUAUAUUAUCAACAAUAAUUAUUAUUUCUUUCCUCGGACUUGUCGUAAAAUAUACUUGAAUUGUGUUCUGUUUAUCACACAUUUAUUACCAAACGUUUAUACCUCUACCCUCUACCUCUCCCCGUUCCCUUCCUCCUUCUUUUCAUUGCCCCCCUCAUUCAUUUAAUCACCAAAACUAUUAUCUUACUGCUUACUGCUGAUUUUCACCAACCGCAAUAUGAUAUAACAUCGCAGAUAUCAAUAAGAGCAAACAUUUUCCGAGAAUACUUGUUAUAAUUUCAAUAUUGGAUAUGAGAAGUGAAGGGUAGGCCACAAAAUUGAAGAGUAGCCUGCUACUACAAGCCCAUUCUCCGUCUCUCACUGUAGAUUAUUAUUGUCUUCGAUUUGUAAUGUCUUUACGUUACCGUUUCGCGUACAAGACGGACAGUUAUAAAUUCCUUUUGAAAAUACUGUAGUUAAGUUAUAUUACUGUAAAAUUAUUUACAAGCCUAUUAACCGUACACGUACAGUAUGUCCAGUAAGGAAAUAUCAGGGAGUCAGUCGGCUCAGUAUGUUGGGCCUUACCGGCUGGAGAAAACGCUGGGGAAAGGACAAACAGGUUUGGUUAAGCUCGGAGUUCACUGUAUCACAGGACAGAAGGUUGCUAUCAAAAUAGUCAACAGAGAGAAGCUAUCUGAGUCUGUGCUUAUGAAGGUGGAAAGGGAGAUUGCUAUUCUGAAGCUCAUAGAACAUCCGCAUGUGCUGAAACUGCAUGAUGUAUACGAGAAUAACAAAUACCUGUACCUGGUGUUGGAGCAUGUAUCAGGAGGGGAGCUGUUUGACUACCUGGUGAAGAAAGGGAGGCUGACACCCAAAGAGGCCAGAAAGUUCUUCAGACAGAUCAUCUCAGCACUCGAUUUCUGUCACAGUCACUCAAUCUGCCACAGGGACCUGAAGCCUGAGAACCUUCUGCUGGAUGAGAAAAAUAAUAUCCGAAUUGCUGACUUCGGCAUGGCCUCACUGCAGGUGGGAGACAGCCUUCUAGAGACCAGCUGUGGAUCCCCACACUAUGCCUGUCCAGAAGUUAUCAGAGGUGAGAAGUAUGACGGCAGGAGGGCUGACGUGUGGAGCUGUGGGGUCAUCCUCUUUGCACUGCUGGUGGGUGCUCUGCCCUUUGACCAUGACAACCUACGGCAGCUGCUGGAGAAGGUGAAGAGCGGAGUGUUCCACAUGCCCCACUUCAUUCCUCCCGACUGCCAGGCCCUGCUCAGGGGAAUGAUCGAAGUCAACCCAGACAAGAGGCUCACACUUGAAGCAAUACAAAAGCACACCUGGUAUCAGGGGGGUAGGAACGAGCCCUGUCCUGAACAGCCGCCCCCCAGGAGGGUGUGUGUGCGCCGCAUACUGUCCCUGACGGAGCUGGACCCUGACGUGCUGGACAGCAUGCACUCUCUGGGCUGCUUCAGAGACAGAGGAAAACUCACACGGGACCUGCAGUGUGAAGAAGACAACCAGGAGAAGAUGAUCUACUACCUCCUCCUGGAUCGGAAAGAGCGGUACCCCAGCUGUGAGGAUGAAGACCUGCCCCCCAGAAACGACAUAGCAGACCCUCCGCGGAAGCGGGUGGACUCCCCGAUGCUGACCCGGCACGGCCGCUGCCGUCCGGAGCGGAAGAGCCUGGAGGUGCUGAGCGUCACGGAGCAGGGCUCUCCCACGCCUCCCCGCCGGGCUCUGGACACUGCAGCACACAGCCAAAGGUCUCGCUCAGUUAGCGGAGCUUCCACUGGACUUUCCUCCAGUCCCCUCAGCAGUCCCAGGAGCCCCGUCUUCACUUUCAGCCAAUCAGAAGUCACUUCUGCCACCACCACCCAGUCUAAGGACCCUAAACCUGGAAGUGCUACCACUCCUCGGGCAGCCCAGCGAGCACCCGACCAAAAAACCCAAACUCUACCUUCUAAAGCCGCCUCUGAUCGCCCUCACCUUCAGUCCAUGAAGUCUCUCCCGCUCCACAACCCUCCGCCCCCAUCCCCCUCGCCCCUUCUCUCCCCCAUCCCUCGCUUUUUCUUCUUCCCUGCUCCUUCCGUUCUCAAGUCAGUCACCAAAACUAUCUAUCCUAACUCUGCCCAUCCUAACACUCUGUCACAGGUCACUCCCCAGGGCUCUCCGCUGCCCACCCCACUUGGUACCCCUGUCCACCACCCCCAGCAUCCCCCUCCUACCCCUCCUUCUUCUUCCUCCUCCUCGUCCUCUUCACGGGCAGAGGGCGGGGGAGUGGGCGUGGGCUCCCUCUCCCUGACUCCACCCUCCAGUCCUGGGGGUGGUGGAGGCAUGGCGGCCAGUAGCUCCGCCCACUGGAGGACCCGCCUCAACUCCUUCAAGAACAACCUGCUGGGCUCUCCACGAUUCCAUCGACGCAAGCUACAGGUCCCAACAUCAGAGGACAUGUCCAGCCUGACGCCAGAGUCCAGUCCUGAACUGGCGAAGAGGUCCUGGUUUGGGAACUUCAUCAGUCUGGAGAAGGAGGAGCAGAUCUUUGUGGUGAUCAGAGACAAGCCCCUGAGCUCCAUUAAAGCUGACAUCGUCCACGCGUUCCUCUCAAUUCCUUCCCUCAGUCACAGUGUCAUCUCCCAGACCAGUUUCAGGGCAGAGUACAAAUCCUCUGGUGGUCCCUCCGUCUUCCAAAAACCUGUCAAGUUCCAAGUGGACAUAGCCUUCUCUGAGGGAGAGAGGGAGCGAGAGAGAGAGAGGGCAGAGAGGGAGGGCAAGAGGGAGACGGGCAUCUACAGUGUGACUUUCACCCUCAUAUCAGGUCCCAGUCGCAGGUUUAAGAGAGUGGUGGAGACCAUUCAAGCCCAGCUGCUGAGCACUCACGACCAACCUUCUGUGCAGGCGCUUGCUGAUGAAAAAAAUGGGCAGCUGUCUUCUCGGCCACCUGGCACCCCAACUCGCCAGAACUCACGUCGCUCAGAGGGUGGAGGGGACAGGGGCGAGUGGGGCGAGCGAGGGGACGGAGGGGGAAUAGGAGGAAGCGGAGGUGCAUUACAGCGCAGAGGGUCUGGUAAAGACAAGACAAGACUCCUGUCCUCCAAUGGAACGCAGUCUCAACCCUGAGAAAACCGCAACAACCAGUCAGUACCGUAGCGGGUCACAAUUUCACCCUAAACAACACUGAAAGUGAGACAAAAAUGAUCAAAGUGAAAAUUCUUCAGUAAAUUCAAAAGUAACCCAUAAUUCCCCAAUGACAAAAUAAUGCUUUUUAUUUCAACAAAACAUGAUGGUCUAUUGGUCACUGUAAACAUUUUCAUCCCUCAAAGGAAAGAAAACCAAUAACAUAAAUACAAAAAUUUUAUGAUGGCAUUGCAACGCUAUUCUUAAUGAGAAACCAUAACCUCUGGAAAGUUAAAAUAUGAUACAAUCAAUGAUGUUUAAUGUAGUCUUAGAACUACCGUGGAGGAAAAAGGAAAACUGUAUGACAGAAGGAUCCAAACCAGAAGGUCUCAGUGAAAGAACCCACUGGAAACAGGAGAGAGAAACCACCCCAAAGAUUACAGAAAUGAUGUGAAAACAAAGAAAGACGAAGGGGCAAAAAAUCUAACUGAAAAGAGAAAAUUCCAGCCCUGGAAAAGGUUUAAAGUAGAAAUUGUAAUUUUUUUUCCAUUGUACCAAGCAAUGGACUGAAACACCAUUGGCUAAAGCUAUUGUCACCACACUUGAAUCUUACAAUUCUCAGAGGAAGAAUCUUGAAAGCCCUGUAACAUGUUGGAAAAUGGGAAGAACAGAUCAGAAGUUACAACAAAUGGAAAAGCUUACAAUUACAAUGGUGAGAUCAAGAGGAUCUGGAGCUUACCUCAGUUAUUUUUCUCUCAUGAUAGAAUCAUUGGUAUUUUAGUGAAGAACCAAACAUGAUUUUGGAAACUUGUGGUGAUAUUGCCAGUGGUGAUAUCUCAUCAAAAAGAUUAUCAUAUCAUCAGACCUUUAGUUUAUGAGGGGCAAUUAUCCCUUCAACUAAUUUAAAUAAUUCUUAAUAUUUGUUGUCAGUUUUUAAAUAGAGACCAAGCAUAAGCUAUUCAGUCAGAGUCAGAUAGCAAUACUACACAUUGAUACAAUGACCUUCUUUCACAGAAUGGAAUAAGUAAAUGUGCAGGAAAAUUAAAUUGAGUAACUGAUUUGAACCAAGUCAAACUAUGAUGUCCGAAUGAGUGAAGUAGUUCCAACAAAGCAAAGAGAGCGGCAGAUCAGACAAAAAAUACUGAAUGUUAAGGAACAAUUUGUCCUUCAUAUCCAAAAUCCAAGACUGAAAUGCCUGAAGGUGAGGUCAGUACAAUGAAAUCAAGGAGGGCCUAAAAAUUGUGGGAACCUGUAUACAAUUGAACAAGCUACAAAGCUUAGAGGUGUUGAAUCUUAGCUAGUGUCUCUGCAAGUAAAAAUCAGAUGCAAGCUCAAAACUCUCUUGACCUACGAUAGUGAUCAGUCUCCCCAAUGUUACUGAAUCAACCAGCGGAGCAUGAUUUUCAAUGAACCAUUCAACCUGAAGCUUGAAAAAAGGACAGAAAACAUGACAAAUGUGAAGAAUAAGGAAACCUUGAGCGUUCAGUGAUGGAAUUGUGGUGCUCACGCAAAAAAUAAUGGAAAUUUAAUCUGGAGACAGUGACUCUUCAUAAUAGAAAUACACACAAAAAAACUGCACGUUUAAAAAAGAGAAGGUUCAAAAUGAAAUUCAACACCCUUUUCUGUUGACUUUCAUUGUGAUUGUGAAAGCAAAGAAAUUUAAUGAGUUUCCGAAUGAACGAUCAAAAAAAUCUAACCAAGUGAAUGUCUAAAACUGUUACACUUUUAUUUAUUUAUUUAUUUAUUUAUUUAUUUAUUUAUUUAUUUAUUUAUUUAUUUACUUAUUCAUUUAUUCAUUUAUUUAAUGCUUUCUUUUAUUUAUUUAUGUUAGAGAGGAGGAUGGAAGAAGAAAGAUAAUUGAAUUCAGUAAGCUGAACAAAUGGAAGAAUAACUAGAAAAGUAGCCUCGGGAAUGAGGCGCAAUCUGUAACAGAGGCCACUGGUAGUGAAUGCUUAAUUGGAAAUCACCGUCAGAAUGGAAGAUAAAACUGCCAGUGAAAACAGAGUGAAGGAAAACGGAUAGCCACAUUUAAAAUCUUUUCAAAACAACAAAAGUUGUCAGUCUUUUUCAGAUUUCAGUCCUUAGUUUCACUCAAUCAUUUAUUUUCCUUCACUUU